UAAUUGUGCUGCGGGACUGUCUCAGACCAACAGGUCCUGAGAACAACACGUGUAGUGGGAGUUCCGGCACCGUCAACGAGAGGGCGCUGGAGCUAGUUAGUCCUCCCAGCGCCGACACUUACAGUGGGAGUUCCGGCACUGUGCACGGAAGGGCGCUGGAGCAAGUUAACCCACUCGACGCCGAUGCGGCCCCACUGCCCCAGUUACAGGAACAGAGAAGACGCCAGGUGAGCCCCUCCCCACCCAUGAGCCCCUCGGAGAAGAUGCAAUCCAACCUAGGAGCAGGGGAGCCCCAGCCCGCCGCCCCCAUGGCCUCCCCGACUCAAGACUCCGAGGGAUCAGCACCCCACCCCACACCAGUGCGGAUGGGCACACAGACAAGGGGAGCCAGUACACGAAGACCGAGCAAGUCUUCCACUCCAGGGAACCACACAGCCUGAGAGUCGGAGGACAUGGGACAAACAAGAGGACAGGUUAGAAACAGCAAAGAAUUCGUGUACUGGAAUCUCAAACACAACAAGAAGUUAAUUUUGCUGCCCCUGUCCAGAUAUUUAAGGAGUGACCAGAUGUCUCCUUUGUAAUACCACUAUAUCUGUUGUUGAUCCUCGGAGAUAAAGAAGUAUCUCAUCCCAGCUGGAAACAUGCUUUGUAUCUGAAAUGAAGUUUUCUGUUGUAACUCAGUGAAUUCCAUUGGAACGGAGGUGCUGAGAACAGACCAGCAUUUGUUCACUGGAGAUCAGUUCUUCAACUGCAUUGAUUGUGUGAGGGAUUCACUAUGUCUGAUGUCUGACUUGAUGAAUUGCCAAGGAAUUGAUAGCGGGGAGGUGUCAUUCACCUGGUCUCAGUGCAGUAAUGCUGACCUGCACCAGUGAGUUCAGAAUGGGUAGAGGCCAUUUACCUGUUCUGUGCAUGGGAGGGCAUCUACGCAGUCAUCCAGCCUGAAGAUACAUCAGCAAGUUCACACCAUUGUGAAAAAGUUCACUUGCUCUCACUGCAGGAAGUGAUUCGUUCUGUUAUUCAAGCUUAAAAUACAUUAGAAAAUUCACAGCAGUGAGAGGCUGUUCAUUUGCUCUGUAUGUGGGAAGAGAUUCACUCGCUCAUCCCACCUAUAGACACACCAGUGAUUUGUUAUGGGGGAGAGCGUUAACUGUUCCAUGUAUGGGAGGAGAUGCACUCAGUCAUCUGAUCGGCUGACGCACUGGGAAGAGGCCAUAGAUCUGCUCUGAAUGUGGGAAGGGAUUCACUUGGUCAUCCCACGUACAUGCACAUCAGUUAGUUUCACUGGAGAGAGGCUGUUCACCAGCUCAGACAGUGGGAAGGGAUUGCUUCGAUCAUCUGACCUAAUGGCAUACCAGUCAGUUCACACUGGGGAGAUGCCGUUCACCUGCUCAGAUUGUGGGAAGGGAUUCACUCAUUUAUGUCACUUAAUGAUACACCGGCGAAUUCACACUGGGGAGAGGCCAUUCACCUGCUCAGACUGUGGAAAGGCAUUUGCUCGGUCAUCAAACCUACAGAGACACCAGCGAGUUCACACAGGAGAGAGGCCAUUCACCUGUUCUGUGUGUGGGAAGGGAUUCACUCAGUUAAGCAACCUUCAGACACACCAGUCCGUUCACACUGGGAAGAGGCCGUACAUCUGCUCUGAAUGUGGGAAGGGAUUCACUCAGUCAUCCCACCUACAGACACACCAGUCGGUUCACACUGAAGAGAGGCCAUUCACCUGCUCAGACUGUGGGAAGGGAUUCACUCGGUCAUCUCAGCUACUGGCACACCAGUCAGUUCACACUGGCGAAAUGCCAUUUACCUGCUCUGACUGUGGGAAGGGAUUUCCUCGGUCAUCUGAACUGAAGUUACAUCAGCGAGUUCACACUGGGGAGAGGCCGUUCACAUGCUCUGAAUGUGGGAAAGCGUUUACUCAGUCAUCCAACCUUGUGACGCAUCGGCGAACUCACACUAGGGAAAAAGUUUAAAUAAGUGGCACGCUGGAUAUUUCACCAUUGCGGUUGCUGAAAGCAGAGGCAAGUUCAAAAGUGGCUGUUGGUGUUGAGCUCUGCAAUUAUUGCUGCUGCUUAUCUCAACCAUUUCUGACCCUGGGCAUGGGAGGAGCUUCUUCUGCUGAUAUUCACCUUUAGUGGCACAGGAGUUUAAUAUUUAGGAUCUGUGUCAAAUAAAUCAGUUCUAUUUUAAACGAUGUCUCAGGUACUUAGUGAAUUUACAACACACCCAGUGAAGUCAACUCAGCCCAGCUGGUGCCUACCAGUAUUUCUAUUCCAAAACAGUCCUUUUGAAUCCAUCCGUGCUGUUCACUGCUUGAUCUUCCUGUGUGAUGGGAUCCAAACAGUCACCUCUCUGUGGGUGAAUAGGUUUCCCUUGAAUUUCUUGCAUGACUUUCUGCAGGCUGAAGAAGACCAUAAGACAAAGGAGCAGAAUUAGGCCAUUUAGCCCAUUGAGUCUGCUUCGCUGUUCAAUCAUGGCUGAUCCUUUUUCCUUCUCCUUAGCCUCACAAGAUGAGAUGAUUGCAGUUAUGUGUAAUGUUUUCUUUGUGCCUCAAAUUUCUGGGCUGAGAAAGAAGGACAUUGGUAGUUAAUCUCCUUAUUCCUGCUCCUUUCAACGUUAUAGGUCAUUCUCACUGCUUUUAAAGCGCUGUGUCUCACACAACUGGCUUGUUAGAAUAUACCACUGUAACUCUGGCUUCGGGUAACGGCUUAAUAAAUAGGGUGAUAGCCCCCGGCCCGGCCAAACUUAAGAAAUCUUGUUUGGGUGGAUGCUGCGAGAUGUGUCCCCUGUUACAAAUCAGUACCCUGAAAUAACAAACAGUACACAAUAUGCAAUUAAACUUUAUAAUUCUUACUUUGACUUUAUGGUUAGUAGAGAAAAGAAUUUUUUUUUGAAGUUUUUUUUGAAAUAAAAGGAAAAAAGGGCCCAAUCUUAUUAAGCAGUCUGUUGCGCAAAGUUGGAGCUCACUGAUAAGUCAAUCGUUCACCAUCGACCUCGGAUCAUCGCUGCCCUUCGGAGCCUCGCUCCGAGUCCACCCUGUCUCUUCAUUGGCGUCUUCUCUCCUCAUCUUUCCCCAGCAAAAGCCAGCAAAAAAUCUACUUCCAGAUUCACAAGACAGAGCAACAAAAUCCUGAUUGGCUAACAUGCAUGCCACAGUCUGUUAUCUCCAGCCAUAACCCAAACAUUACUGCUAUAGAGAAACCAUUACCUCAGCAGUGAACAUUACAGAGAAGCCACUUCAUUCGCCUUAGCAGUGAAACAUUACAGUGCGUUACACCACUGUCCUCUAAAAUCUGAAAGCAGAAUAGGGAACCAUUAGUUGGAUAAAUAAACUCUUCUCUGGCUUCCAGCUGGGCACAGUUGUGAAUUAUAACGAUGUUUCAAUGACAAACUCUCCCAUCUUCUUCAGGGAUGAUGCCUGGGCAUGUCCAGUCCAGUGGUAUUUAUAGCCUUUCACCCAUUGAUGUCUUUUGAAAACUUUUACAGGACAGAAAAGGCAAAGGAUUUGUGUACAGCAAUAUCAAAUACAACUCAUGAGUUCUGUGAAUGUCAGAUCAUGAGCACUUGAAUACCAUUGAUCUUUGAAUGUGCCAUUGCAGAUAUUAAAUAGCAUUCUAGAUAGAUACCACACCAGUCAUAGUAAGGAGAACCCGGCCACCUGUCAGAUUUGGAUGAAGCAACCUGUAGCUAAACCUUGUAAAUUAUCUUCAAGUUAUUGAAGAAGUGAACACUAGGUCCUGAGAAUAUUCCAACAUAUCAUCACUAGAGAUCAGACGCUCAACUGCUUGAAGUGUGCAUAACAGCAGUAUAUAUCAGUUGUUGCCUUGGAAAAUAAGGCAUAUCUCAUCCCAGCUUGAAUUGUUCAUUUGUUUUGUGUCUAAAAUGAAGUUUUCUAGUUUGCACUAAAAAGGCCAUUUAUCUGCUCAGACUGGAAAAGGAUUCAUUCAGUUAUCCCAACUUGUGAGGCAAUAGUGAUUUCACACUGAGGCUGCAAAGUGGUUUACCAAUGUUCACACAGGGGAGGUAGUUUAAAUAACUCUAUGUUGAAUUUUUUAACAUCACAUUUGGUGAGCCCAGUUGAAAAUUUAACAGUGAAUGUUGGUGUCGGAUUAUGCAGUUAUUUCUGCUGAUCAUCACACCUGGAGCUGAACCCUGGUCACUUGACACAGGAGGGGUUCGUUUUGAUGACAUUAGCUUUUAAUUGGGUUGUUGUUAAAUACUGUAGACAUGUCAUAA